CAAGGGCCUUUGACCUGACUUCCUGGAGCAGUGAGUCCCUCCCCAAGCUCUCAGAGUCACAAAGAUCUGAAGCCAGACUGGCUGCACCUAUAAUCCUAGCGUUUUGCAGUCUGAACAUCCUGUGCAACCCAACUCGUUUGAGAAGAGGCACGGCAUCGUGAUUCUAAUUAUCUAAAACUUGGACGUGGACGGGUGGGAGGACAAGGAAAAGGACUGGAAAAGACAGCACCUUAGCUCUGCUCAGGAAAUGAGCAGCAGGCUAGACUGGGACCAACCUCCGGCAUACAGGAAGUCCAAAGGGCUGGUACACCCUGUGCCCUACACCCCGAUCAAGCCUUCUUUCGGGGAAUGGAGUCUACCCGAAGGGUGCGUCCGGGCGGCUGCUGCAAGUGUCACCCAGAGGGUUCCAGCCUCUGUACUGCAUAGACUACAGCGGUGAUGGCGGGCAGGCGGUUUGGCUGGAGCCGGGCGGCUCUUCCCCAACUGAUUCUUUGUGUGAACCUAAUGGUGAUGCCACCCACCCAGGCCCGGACUCUGCGUUUCGUUACCUUGCUGUACCGACACGGAGACCGCUCUCCAGUGAAGACAUAUCCCAAGGACCCCCAUCAGGAAGACAAAUGGCCCCAGGGCUUUGGUCAGCUAACCAAGGAGGGGGUGCUCCAGCACUGGGAACUAGGCCAGGCUCUGCGACAGCGCUACCGUGGCUUCCUCAGUGCCUCUUACCACCGGCAAGAGGUUUAUGUGCGAAGCACAGACUUUGACCGGACGCUCAUGAGUGCGGAGGCCAACCUGGCUGGACUCUUCCCGCCCGACGAGAUGCAGCGCUUUAACCCAAACAUCUCUUGGCAGCCUAUCCCCGUCCACACUGUGCCCAUCGCCGAGGACAGGCUGCUGAAGUUCCCGUUGGGCCCGUGCCCCCGCUUUGAACAGCUGCAGAACGAGACCCGGCGGACACCCGAGUAUCAGAACGAGAGUGUUCAGAAUGCACAAUUCCUAGAUAUGGUGGCCAAUGAGACAGGGCUUACGGACCUGACGCUGGAGACCGUCUGGAAUGUCUACGACACGCUCUUCUGCGAGCAGACACACGGGCUGCCCCUGCCGCCCUGGGCCUCGCCCCAAACCAUGCAGCGUCUGAGCCGGCUGAAGGACUUCAGCUUCCGAUUCCUCUUCGGGAUCUACAAGCAGGCAGAGAAGGCCCGGCUGCAGGGGGGCGUCCUGCUGGCUCAGAUACGGAAGAACCUGACGCUGAUGGCAACCGCCUCCCAGCUCCCGAAGCUGCUGGUCUACUCUGCGCACGACACCACCCUGCUGGCUCUGCAGAUGGCGCUGGGCGUCUACAACGGUGAGCAGGCCCCCUAUGCGUCCUGCCACAUGUUUGAGCUGUAUCAGGAGGACAGUGGGAAUUUCUCGGUGGAGAUGUACUUCCGGAAUGAGAGUAACCGGGCCCCCUGGCCCCUGACCCUGCCCGGCUGCCCUCACCGCUGCCCGCUGCAGGACUUCCUCCGCCUCACGGAGCCCGUCGUGCCCAAGGAUUGGCUGCAGGAGUGCCAGCUGGCAGGCGGGCCCGCAGACACAGAGGUGAUCGUGGCCUUGGCUGUCUGCGGUUCCAUCCUCUUCCUCCUCAUAGUGCUGCUCCUCACCGUCCUCUUCCGGGUGCAGGCCCAGCCUCCUGGCUACCGCCACGUUCCAGACGGGGAGGACCACGCCUGACAACCACUCAGCCCCCUUCCCUCUGCCUCCUAGGGGAGGUGGGCUGGGCCCUUGCUCCUGACUGCUGCUGCUCCCCAGCCCAUGGACAGGAGACCCUGGGUUGGGCCUCCCUCUGAUCACCCGCACCUAGAUGAACAAGUGAGGCUCAGCUUGGCCCGAGGCACCUGUCACCCAGCAUCCACGUGCCUGACAUUAACCAAGUACUGUGUUGGACACUGGCUUCCUCCAAACAGAAUGUGCCUCCUCCGUGCUCCCUUCUGAGGACAUGAAAUGUAGACAAGUGCUCCAGUUUCACUCAGGACCUAGGAGAAAAAGACUGAAGGAGACGGUGCUUGAUCUGCUUGGCCUCUCCAUCAAACCCUGCUCUCUCUUCCAACCCAGAGUCUCUGGCAGAUGGCCCUGAGGAUACAGUCUUGCCUCUCACCUCUCAGUGCUUAUUUUAGUGGGAAGAAAGUCCCAACACUGGGGGUACAAACACUGGCUGCCAGGGAACCAGGUCACCCAAGAGCCAGCCAGUGACGUUUGUCCAGCUGAAGCCACCGUUAACUCGAGUGAGACGUAAUGCCUUCAGCAUCUUUGUCACCCCUCACCUUGAGCCGGUUGGAAGGAGGUUUGUGCUUGGGAGGGAGUCAGGGGUGGCGGAGAGGGGACGGUGAGUUGUGGUACAGAAUCCUGAAACCACUGUCCCCACCCUUAGUGGGAGUGGGAUCCCUAGGUUGUGAGCUGAACAGCUCUAGACUGUGGCCCAGAAUAGGACUGAGACAGCUUCCAGAGAAUGAAGGUUUGGGACUCCCAA